GUGUAAAGAAUUCGGAUGCCCUUACUACAGACAUCAUAAAUCAUGUGCGGAAUUGCCGCUUGGGUUGCACCAUCCCUUGCACCCAAUCCAUCCUCUUAUUCUCUCUCCUGAACAGAUAGAUUAUGGCAAAAACAUACAAUUUAGCAAAUGCGUACUCUGCAAUGAAUCUCGCAACCAAUACACUUAUCGGUGUUCCCGCUGCGACUUUAGUCUUCACUUCAAAUGCGAUUCUUUACCUCCCACCAUGGAGGCUGAAGUCCACGAACACCCUUUGACCCCUGUUUGGAAGUGGAUCACCUUCACAUGUGACCUUUGUGGCGUAGAAGACAAAGGUUUGCCCUUUCUGUGUAAUUCAUGUUGUUUCUUGAUUCAUAGAAAAUGUGCUUAUCAAUACCCACGCAGAGUCAAAGUUGUGCGUCACAAGCACCUCCUCCACCUCACCCUUUCUUCUCUUGAAUUCCAUCAACCCGACUCCCGAUUUUGUCAAAUAUGUGUUCGUAAAGUGGACACACGUUAUGGGCUUUACUAUUGCUCCAGAUGCAAUUUCGUUGCCCACCUUGAUUGUGCUAUAGCCAAGGAAAACAGGGAGGAUAUAGAUUUGUCAAAAUUUAAAGAUGAGGAUUCAGAGGUCGAUGAGUCCAUUGACUCAGCAGCACCUUACGAAGUCAAAAAAUUCAAUGUGGGGGAGGACAAAACUCAAAUAGACACAGAAAUUGCACACUUUAGUCACGAGCAUGAUUUAAAUCUUACUGAUGAGGUUCAAAAUAGCCAAAAAUGCAAUGGGUGCUCACGAGCCAUUGUCCCUCCCUUUUAUAGUUGUGCCAAGUGUAGCUUCUUUCUUCAUAAAUCUUGUGCUAAUUUACCCAAGAAAAAGCGACAUCCACUUCAUCAACACCCACUCACCCUCGUCCCAAUGAAACCAAGUGGGUUUUUUUGGUGUGGUGCCUGUAAGCGGGUUUGUAAUGGCUUCUCCUAUAAAUGUGAAGGAUGUGAUUUUGAUCUUGAUGUUCAGUGUAGUUUGCUCUCAGACAUCCUUGUCCACGAAGGUCAUGAGCACCAACUUAUUCUCUCCAGCACAACAUAUCAACAAAAUUGCACUAGUUGUAAUUUUAAAAGUAACCAAAUAUUUCGUUGUACUGUUUGUGAAUUUGCUCUCGACUUCAAAUGUGCUACGCUACCAUAUACCACAAGGUACAGACAACAUGAGCAUCCCCUCAGUCUUAGUUAUGCUGUUGAAGAUGACUCUAAUGAGUAUUAUUGUGAUAUCUGUGAAGAAGAACGAGAUCCAAAACAUUGGUUCUAUUACUGUGAAAAUUGCAGUUAUCCUGCUCAUCCCAAUUGCAUUUUUGGGAUAUACACAAAUAUUAGGUCUGGAGAUGUUUUCACAUCUAACUGUCACUCACACCCCCUUACCUUCACUGUGGAAACUGAAGACGGUCCUCAAUGCCACAGUUGUGGUGAUCCUUGUAGAGAGUUUAUCUUACAAUGUGCCUCGUGUAAUUUUUACAUCCACGAUAAAUGUUUAUGGAAAAGAUGAAUGUAAUUUUAAUUUUUA